UAUUUUCUGGUGAUUACUAUACUAUAGAUAAUAACAAUAAUAAUAAUAACAACAACAACAUUAUGGACUCCAUAGCUGUGGUCGGCGGUGGACUGGUCGGUUCAAUGGCUGCCUGUUUUUUGGCCCGAAAAGGAUAUCAUGUAGAUGUCUACGAGAUGCGUGACGACCCACGUACUCAGGAACAGGUAGUGGGAAAGUCGAUAAAUAUGGCGCUAUCCGAAAGGGGUCGGUCGGCGCUCCGGUCACUCGGACUGGAAACUCAAAUACUAGAAAACUAUUCAAUCAAAAUGUUUGCCCGUUUGAUACACGAUGUCUCUGGCCGUAAACGGGCCAUACCUUACGGUACUAAUCGGGAUCAAUAUCUACUGUCCAUUAGUAGGCGAUAUCUUAACGAACUAAUGCUUACCGAAGUGGAAAAGUUUAAUAAUAUUUCCGUUAAUUUUCGCCAUAAACUGGUCGGCGCUAAUCUGGAUGAAGGUAAGAUGACAUUCCUGUUGGACGACGACAAACAACGACAACGCCAUCAAAAAGCUGAUAUAAUUAUCGGAUGUGACGGCGCUUUUUCGUCGGUCCGGCGGGCAAUGGUCAAACUUAUCCGAUUUAAUUAUAGUCAACAAUAUAUAGAGCACGGUUAUAUUGAAUUGAGUAUACCGCCACGGGCCGCUGAUGGCCAGUACGCUAUGGAAGUUAACUAUUUACAUAUAUGGCCCCGCGGGUCGUUUAUGAUGAUAGCAUUGCCUAAUUUGGACCACAGUUUUACGGUUACCCUAUUUAUGCCGUUUCGUUAUUAUGAGUCGAUUUUGGAUAGAAAUGAUUUAUUGAAUUUUUUCAAACAAUAUUUUCCCGAUUCUAUACCAUUGAUCGGAGAGGAGGAAUUGGUUAAAGUGUUUUUUGCUAACAGUCCACAACCUCUGAUAUCAAUCAAAUGUCAACCGUAUAACUAUUUGGAUAAAGUCCUACUUAUGGGUGACGCCGCCCACGCAAUGGUACCGUUUUUCGGUCAGGGAAUGAAUUGCGGUUUCGAGGACUGUCUGAUUUUGGACGAACUAUUGACGGCCAACAAUAAUAACCUGAGGAAAGUCCUACCUGUCUAUAGUGACCAACGUUUAGGUAACUGUCAUACUAUUAUUGAUCUGGCAAUGGAUAACUACGUUGAGAUGCGUGAUUUGGUUAACUCGCGUACGUUUUUAGUACGCAAACAAUUGGAUCGUCUAUUGAAUUGGGUGUUUCCACGCCAUUGGAUACCCCUGUAUUCGAUGGUAACAUUUACUAGGAUACCCUACCAACAGUGUAUCCAGGAUCGUCGAUGGCAGGACAGGGUGAUAGCCCGGUGCCAGACAGUAUCGAUAGUAACAUUUUUAUGUACGUUUCUAUAUGUUACCUAUAGGACGGGUAAAUUGAAUUUGUUGCACGAUCAUUUGGUGCUAAAUUUUCAAUAAUAAUAAUAAUAAAAAUAUAAUAAUUUUUAAUUUAAUAAAA